UAAGUUGGCAACAGUGUCAGUGACAAACAGUGAGGGAAUAAAAAGGCAGCGAAUUUGUGCAAUUAAUUAAUAUUUAACAUUUUUAAACUUUUGUAGAUUACAACAUUUUAUACGCUUUUAAGACGAAUUUACAUCAUAUCGCAGCAAUUAGCCCAGUGCGCGGAUAUUAAUAAUACACAUUACGUAUCGCGGUAGGGGCCAAGAGCAAGCAAAGCAAAAGCAGAGCAAAGAAAGAAAGUUCUAAAAAUAUUUUGAUCGUCGUGAAAGUCGCAUAUUUUAUUUCGCGCAACAAAUAAAGCUUUAAAUUAAAGACCAACGACGCAUUAUUAAUUGCAAAAAUGGUAUUGAAAGUGUACGUCAGCGGUAUGUCCGGCAACAAGGAGGUGAAGAAACGCCAACAGCGCGUGCUUAUGAUCUUGGACAGCAAGUGCAUUCAGUAUGAUACUGUGGAUAUCACAGAACCCGGCAAGGAGAGCGAAAAGGAGCUGAUGCAGAGUAAAUCCACCAGCAAUGGCGGAACUGUAAGCGAUCCAGAGCCCAGACAUCCGUUGCCACCGCAAAUCUUCAACGAUCAGGAAUAUUGCGGGGACUACGAUGCCUUCGAUAUGGCCAACGAGAUUGACACGCUGGAGGUGUUCCUUAAGUUGGCCCCGGCUGAUACCACGGCCGUGAGCAGUGCUCAAAUCGAGCUGAAGCAGCAGGAGAACGGAGAGGCAAAGGAGGGAGGAGAGAAGGCCGCUACAGAGGAGGAGAAAGCUCCUGCGGAAGGCGAGGCAGAGGCAGACAAGGAGAAGGCAGAGACUAAUAAUGAUGAAGAUGGCGAGCAAACAAACGAAGAAAAGGAGAAAACCGAGAACGCAGAUGAAGAUACGGAGAAGAAGGAAGAUGGUAGUGAAGAAAAGACUGAAACUGAAGCCACCGAAGGUAAAGAAGAAUCCGAGUCCAAAGAAGAGAGUGAGGAGGCGACAGACAAAGCAGACGAUGAAAAAGAGGACAAUGCAGAGGAGACCGACGAAAAAGAAGCAAAAGAAAGUAAAAAUACUGAAGAGGCUAGCGCAGAACAUGAUGAUAAGAAAACUGAUGAAUCUACUGAGAAAUCAGAUAACGCAGAAGAGGAGGAUACAUCUGAAAAUGGCCAAAUUGAAGACAAAGCGGAGAAAAACUCGGAGAAUUCUGAAGAUAAAGAGAAUGAAAAAACUGAAGAAAAUGCAGAAGUCGUAGAAAAUGAAGGGGAAACUGAAGUAAAAUCUAAAGAUGAGUCUGCAGAGAAAAAGAAUGAAGAAGAGUCUACAGUAGAAGACAAAAAGGAGAAACCCGAAAAUAAUGAAUCUGCCCAAGAGAAAGCGGAAGAAAAGCCUGCAGAAACUGAAGAGAAAGCUAUAGAAGAAACCCAAACCACAAACGAAGAGGAAGCAAAGGAAACUGCAAAAGAAGACGAGGAUAAAACUACGGAAGAAGAAGAAUCAAAAGACGAUUCAACUGAAGAAAACAAGAAAGUAGAUGACGCUUUAGAGGAAGAUUCGUCGAAAGACGCAGAAAAUGAAAGCAAAGAUAAAGAAGAAGACACAAAAGAGCCUGAAGAGGAAAACAAAGAUGAAGAAGGCAAGACAGAAUCUGAAGAGGAGAACAAAGAUAAAGACGAUGAUCUAGAACCUGAAGAGGAUAAAGAUGAAAAUGAGAAAUCCGAUGAGGUGAAAAAUGAAGAGAAAGAGGAAACGAAAAAGUCCGAAGAAGAGAAUAAAGAUGAGGAAGACAAGGAGAAAAAGGAAGAAGGCGAAGCGGAAUCAUCUUCUGGAGAGGAAGAAAGCGAAGAAGAGUAAUCCUAAACGGCCCACAAU